AUGGUCAAAGGCGUCGCGUACAUUCAGACGCUCGCGCGCGCGCUCGAGCGCGGCGAGCACUGCAUUCUCGAGUCGCCCACUGGCAGCGGAAAGACGCUUUGUCUGCUCGCCACCGUUGCGGCCUACCUCACGCGGCGGCGCGCGCUGCGCGAGCGCGAGGAGAAUGCUGGCGCAGCCGACAUCGACGAGCUGUUCUACUUUGCGCGCGACGCGCAGAGCGGCUGCGAGCUUGUCUUCUGUCCGUACAACUACAUCGUUGACGCCUCGAUCCGCGCGGCGUACAACAUUUCGCUCGAAGGCGCAGUGGUCGUGUUCGACGAGGCGCACAACCUGCCGCAGCUGUCGAUGCAGCAGGUGAUCGCGCAGGCGCACAGCGUCGUGAUCACCAGCGGCACGCUGAAGCCGCUCAGCAGCCUUGCGCUGCAGCUCGCCGCGAGCGAGACGCGGUUCAACUUUCUCGAAAACGAGCAUGUGAUCCAGCCCCGGCAGGUUUUCGCGAGCUUCGUGACCACUUGUCUGCAGCGCCCGCUAAAACUCACCUACGACCGCGAAAACGACUACUCGCUAGUCGCCAAGCAGCUCGGCCAGAUUUUGCUCGACGUCGCCGCCAUUUUCGAGAACUGCGGUGUGCUAGUCUUCCUGCCGAGCUACGCAAUGUUCUUCGCGCCGUUCCGCGGAAAAGUGAGCGAAGGGCUUUCGCUGCCUGACGACCUCGUGCGCUGCGUGCUUUGCGUCGGCAUUCCGUUCGCCUCGCUGUACGACCUAAAGGUCAAAAGCAAGCGCGCCGCGCUGCAGAACCAACCCUACGCCACGCCACAGAGCCGCUGGACCGGCGCCGACUGGUACUUCGAUUCCGCGAUGGCAGCGGUAAACCAGGCCGCGGGGCGCGUUGUGCGGCACGCGAACGACUACGGCGCCGUGCUCUUCGUCGACGAGCGCUACCACGCACCGAACUGCGCCGCAGUCAAGCGUUUUCUCGAGAGCGGCACCUUGCCGAAUCUGCUCUUCUACGGCCCGCAGGGCACCGGCAAGACCUCCGUGGCGCAGAUCAUCGCCUCCGCGAUCCACGGCUCGAUGAACAGUCUGAUGGUAAUGGAGCUCAACGCUUCCGACGACCGCGGCAUCGACGUCGUGCGCGAAAAAAUCCGCUUCUUCGCGCCGAAAGCGAGCGCCACGCCGACCGCGGGCUGCGCUGUGCAUCCGUCGCUGCAGAAAAUUAAGCUGCUGAUCCUCGACGAGUGCGACCAAAUGACAACCGUUGCGCAGACAGCGAUCCGCCGUAUUAUGGAGGUCUACUCGGCGCACGCGCGGUUCAUCCUCAUCUGCAACGAACUUUUCCGGCUGCAGAUCGCUCUGCAGAGCCGCUGCGUCUCGUUCCGCUUCCGCGCGCUGCUGCAGGACGAAAUCCGCGGUCGCGUGUUCGAGAUUGCGCGGAGCUCAAACAUCUUCUUGGACGACGCGACGUUCGACGCUCUUCACUUUCACACGGAGGGCGACAUG